AUGGAUCAGAAUUUGGAACUUAGCAGAUUGCCAACAAUUGAAGAAGUGAGGGCAGGAGUUUUUGAGCUUAGUGGGGAGAGUGCUAGUGGUCAUGAUAGAUUCACUGGCCUGUUUUAUCAAACAUGCUGGGAUAUUAUUGGUGCUGAUAUACACAACAUGGUGCUACACUUCUAUGGAGGAUUGGAGAGUUUUUUGCCAUCUCUAAUAACUCCUAAUCAAUCCGGAUUUGUAAAGGGUAGGAGUAUAUUUGAGAACAUCUUAUUGACUAACGAAAUUGUUAGUGACAUAAGAUUUAGGGGAAAGCCAGCUAAUAUGGUGAUCAAGCUUGAUAUGGCUAAGGCCUAUGAUAGGGUUUCAUGGAAAUACUUAUUGCAUAUGCUAAGGAAGAUGGGAUUUUCUGAACACUUCAUCAACAUGGUGUGGAACUUGAUGUCAAAUAACUGGUAUUCAGUACUGGUGAAUGGGCAGUCCUCAGGGUUCUUUAAGUCGACAAGGGGUGUUAAACAAGGGGAUCCCCUAUCUCCAGCAUUGUUCAUUCUGUCAGCUGAGGUACUUUCCAGGUCUUUGAAUAAGCUCUUUGAAGACAAGUCAUUUGUGGGAUUUGGAAUGCCUAAAUGGUAUGAUUCUUUAAACCACUUGGUAUAUGCUGAUGAUACGAUAAUCUUUGCAUCUUCUCAUCCUCCCUCUUUGAGCAAGAUUAUGGCAGUGUUGGGGAAAUAUGAGAAGAUAUCAGGUCAGAUGAUCAACAAAGAGAAGAGUUCAUACUACAUGCAUUCAAAGGUUGCUAAUGGAUUAUUUCAGGCAGCUGGAGCUAUUACAGGAUUUGCAAGAGUCCUUGAUCCACUAAACAGCAUCCUGGGGCAUCUACAUAAGAGUUUUGCUAGGUUCUUUUGGAGCACAAAGGAAGAAGGGAGAAGCAGACACUGGGCUUCAUGGCAAAAUAUUUGCCUUCCUAAAGAGGAAGGGGGCCUAGGUUUUAGUUCCUUAAAUGAUGUCUCAAGGGCACUGUUUGCUAAACUAUGGUGGAGGUUUAGGACCACAAAAUCUUUGUGGUCUAAUUUCAUGUGGAAUAAGUAUUGCAAGAAGGAGCUACCAAUAGUGGUGAAUUUUUGGGGAGGGUCUCAUGUUUGGAGACAAAUGCUGAAUGCUAGGGAAGAAGUAGAACAUGAGAUCGAGGUAGCAGAACUGCGGCAAGGGGAAACAUGGGAUGAUCAGCUGCUAGAUCAAACUUUCAAUGAUGAUAUUGCAGAACAUAUAAGGCUAAAUGUGCAUUAUAAAGGCAGUGAGGGAUAUUGGGAUAGGCCAUACUGGAUGCCAACUCCUUCAUGCAAGUUCAGUAUCACUACAAGAGUAACAUGGCAAUUUCCUUUUCAUGGUUGGUACAAAUGUAAUACUGAUGGAGCUUUAAAGGGCAAUCCUGGACCUAGCUCCCUAGGCUUUUGUGUGAGGGAUGAUGAAGGUGAUGCGGUGUACGCUAGGGCAGUAGACAUGGGAGUGACAACUAAUGUGGUAGCUGAAGCUAAGGCUAUUCUUCAAGGGUUGGAAUAUUGUGUGAAGCAUGAUCUUCACCCUCUCAUAUUGGAGACUGAUUCAUUGGUGAUGAAGAAGGCGAAAGAAAGGGAAUAG